GAAUGUCGCGAGGGAAAAAUCCUACGGAAGUCCAUCACUGGUCCACACUGGUUCUCUGUUCAACUUCGAUAAUCGAAGAACCGCGUAUCGUAUCUCGUGACUCGCUGGUUCGAGACCUAUCGAAACGAGUCACGAAUCGUUCACGUGAUUCGUGUUUGCAUUGGUAAAAUUGACUUUUGGUGGGUUUGGUCUGCUUGUAAGAAUUUUUGAAGAAAUUGUUCAAUUGAAGAGAAAAUGGGAGCAUCGUUGUUACCAGUAUUAUUUUUUACGGUACUCUGGGGAGUAGUAGGAAUCGUUUUACCCAUUUUUGUACCAAAGGGCGUAAAUCGAGGAAUUCUUCAGGUUAUUCUUAUGUUGACAGCUUUCACAUGUUGGCUAUUUUGGUUAUGUUGCUACAUGGCGCAAAUGAAUCCCCUUAUUGGGCCAAAGCUAUCUAAUGUCACGAUACUUAUGAUGGCUCGCGAAUGGAGUAACGUGGAGCUUUAAUGGUAAUAAAGAGGAACGAAGGAACGAUUGUUAAGGGAAAAUAAUGUUUGUCAUAAAUAUACCAAGUUGUGUCUAUAAAAUUCAAUUAUAAAUAAAACUAUAUGGUAGCAAUGAAAAUCGAACAUUUAGGUGCAUACUUGCGUACAUCAAACAUUUUAGGAGAAAAUGAACACCAUUCGAGUAUUAACAUUCCGAUGAUGUAAAAUUUAGUUUUAUGACAAUUAUAUGAUUUAAUUUCGCGCGAAACAUUAAUUUAAUAUCAUACAAAAGAAGUAUGUACACCAUGUAAUAUAUACAGUAACAAGAUUAAUAAUAAAAACAGUUAACGUUUAGUUGAAAU